CAAGUCUAAAAGAAGAUUCACACACUGUAAUUCUCAAGGUAGCCCACAUUCCAAUAGCUAAUUUCUUUUUCAUAGCAGCACGCUUUAUAAACAGACUCUUAUAGCAUUUGGAGGCCCAACAAUGUAUACAACUUUCUUUUUGCUUCACAGUAUAGACAGACUCGAUACACUAAGAUUUAUACCCCUCAUACAUCACUUUCAACACCGUUUUCUAGCAAGCCUGCAAGCAAAAAACAUGAUAAAGCUAGAACUGUAAUCAUAGAAUGAAUUUAAAAGCAGCUCCCAAUCACUAAGUGGCCCACAAUUAACCUCAUGCAGUAAAUACUCAGUAACACUGUACCAGUUUAAAAGCAGCACACACCUCUCUCUCUUUCUGGUACUGCUUUGCCUUAGUUCUAUUCUCUCUCUCUCUCUCUCUCUCUCUCCAUUUUUGUGAAAAAUGAAGAACUUGCCAACAUGGAAAACCAUGGCGGUGACUGUGGUGUUACUUCAAUUGAGCUUUUUCUUGGAGAUUUUCUGUCUCUCUAAUCAUGCAGAUAGAAUUGUUCGGCUUCCCGGGCAACCCAACACACGCUUCCAACAGUUCUCAGGAUAUGUUACAGUGGAUGAUCUCAAACACAAAGCUCUCUUUUACUAUUUUGUUGAAUCAGAAACUCAUCCAGCUUCAAAACCUCUUGUUCUCUGGCUCAAUGGAGGACCUGGCUGUUCUUCUCUUGGAGUGGGUGCAUUCUCUGAAAAUGGACCUUUUAGACCAAAUGGGGAAGUUCUGAUUAAAAACGAGUACAGUUGGAACAGAGAGACAAACAUUUUGUAUUUGGAGACACCAGUUGGAGUGGGGUUCUCUUAUGCUAAAGGUGGCUCUUCCUAUGAGACUGUGAAUGAUGAGACAACAGCCAGGGACAAUCUUGUAUUCUUGCAACGCUGGUUCAACAAGUUCCCUCAAUUCAGGCACAGAGAUUUGUUUCUAGCAGGUGAAAGCUAUGCAGGGCAUUAUGUUCCACAACUUGCAAAGCUCAUGAUUGAAAUAAACGAAAAGGAGAAGUUAUUCAAUCUGAAAGGCAUAGCCUUGGGUAACCCAGUUCUAGAAUAUGCCACUGACUUGAAUUCAAGGGCCGAGUUCUUCUGGUCUCACGGUUUGAUAUCUGAUUCAACGUACAAAUUGUUCACUAAAGGCUGUAACUAUUCCCGGUACGUCAGUGAAUACUACAGAGACUCGAUUUCUCCCCUUUGUUCAAAGGUUUUGAGGCGAGUAGCCAGAGAAACCAGUAAGUUUGUGGACAAAUAUGAUGUCACCCUUGAUGUUUGCAUUUCAUCAGUGCUUUCACAAUCCAAAGCUAUUUGUCCUCAAGGCCAAAAAACAGAUGAUAGCAUAGAUGUAUGUGUAGAUGACAAAGUUACUAAUUACUUGAACCGAAAAGAUGUACAAGAGGCGCUCCAUGCCAAGCUUGUCGGAGUCCGAAAAUGGGAUGUCUGCAGCAACAUUUUGAACUAUGAUAUGCUAAACCUGGAGAAACCUACACUCCCUGUUGUUCGAUCACUCAUAAAAGCUGGAGUUCGGGUCUUAAUUUACAGUGGAGAUCAAGAUUCAGUAAUUCCACUGACUGGAAGCCGCACCUUAGUUCAAAAACUGGCUAGACAACUAGGACUGAAUACAACAGUCCCCUACAGAGUAUGGUUUGAAGGCCAGCAGGUUGGUGGAUGGACUCAAGUUUAUGGCAGUAUCCUCUCAUUUGCUACUGUCAGAGGUGCCUCUCAUGAAGCCCCUUUCUCUCAGCCUGAAAGAUCAUUUGUUUUGUUCAAGUCAUUCUUGGAAGAUAGGCCUCUGCCUGAAAUUUUCUGACAAGACUUAGUUUUUUCUCUAAUCUAGUUGAGAGAUUGUAAGUAGGCCUAAAUUUGUACUAUAUAACUAUUAAAUUUACUGUAAUUUCAAAAGAAAAAGCUGGUAAUAGAAAAUUUAAGGGGAGAGGGGGAAAUAUGAGUCAAAUGUGAAUUUAUUUCUAUGAUGGGGUGCUUGUUUGUUCCUUGGACUGUCAAAUGUAAAAUGGAUCCUUGGCUUAGAGAACUUCUAUAAAACUGUCGUUAGUGCAAAAUGUUUCUUUUUCCUUAAAUACUAUUUCAGUCCUUAUUUUAUACAAUACAUGUGUUCUGAUAGUAUUUUUAGCAAAACUUUUAAAGUUUGGCUUAACAAACUUCUGCUGUUCUGCUUUAUAAUGAACAAUAGUCACUCAUAAAUGUAACAGCAUAUUGAUAAAUCACUCUACUUUUGAAUAAAAUGUUCGAGUAAUUCAUUUUACAAAUGUUUUUGAAUGAUCAUUCUAAUGAAGCAAUUCCUAUUAUACCAUGUAAUCUUAUUUUUUCAACAGUGUGAUUUUCAAGAAUGAAGACAAAAUGGGGUGCCUCCCCCUAUGUGUGAUAAGAAGCUUUCCAACUGUCCAUACUUUAAUAAUGACCUUAACAGUGCCAAAUAGCAUCAGCAUGGUGAUGACCCUAAACUAGGGAUCCAUCUAUAGGC